AUGCGGUACCGGCUAGCGUGGCUGCUGCACCCCGCGCUGCCCAGCACCUUCCGCUCGGUCCUCGGCGCCCGCCUGCCGCCCUCGGAGCGCCUCUGUGGUUUCCAAAAAAAGACUUACAGCAAAAUGAAUAAUCCAGCAAUCAAGAGAAUAGGAAAUCAUAUCAUCAAAUCCCAUGAAGACAAGCGAGAAUACCGCGGACUUGAGCUGGCCAAUGGGAUCAAAGUACUUCUUGUCAGUGAUCCAACAACAGAUAAAUCAUCAGCAGCACUUGAUGUGCACAUAGGUUCGUUGUCAGAUCCUCCAAAUAUUGCUGGCUUAAGUCAUUUUUGUGAACAUAUGUUAUUUUUGGGAACAAAGAAAUACCCUAAAGAAAAUGAAUACAGCCAGUUUCUCAGUGAGCAUGCAGGAAGUUCAAAUGCCUUCACUAGUGGAGAGCAUACCAAUUACUAUUUUGAUGUUUCUCAUGAACACCUAGAAGGUGCACUAGACAGAUUUGCACAGUUUUUCCUGUGCCCCUUGUUUGAUGAGAGCUGCAAAGACAGAGAGGUGAAUGCAGUUGAUUCAGAACAUGAGAAGAAUGUGAUGAACGAUGCCUGGAGACUCUUUCAGCUGGAGAAAGCUACAGGGAAUCCCAAACAUCCCUUCAGUAAAUUUGGAACAGGUAACAAAUAUACUCUAGAGACUAGACCAAACCAAGAAGGCAUUGAUGUAAGACAAGAGCUACUGAAAUUCCAUUCUACUUAUUAUUCAUCGAACUUAAUGGCUAUUUGUGUUUUAGGUCGAGAAUCUUUAGAUGACUUGACUAAUCUGGUGGUAAAGUUAUUUUCUGAAGUAGAGAACAAAAAUGUCCCAUUGCCAGAAUUUCCUGAACAUCCUUUCCAAGAAGAACAUCUUAAACAACUUUACAAAGUAGUACCCAUUAAGGAUAUUAGGAAUCUUUAUGUGACAUUUCCCAUACCUGACCUUCAGAAAUACUACAAAUCAAAUCCGGGUCAUUAUCUCGGUCAUCUCAUUGGGCACGAAGGCCCUGGAAGUCUGUUAUCAGAACUUAAAUCAAAGGGCUGGGUAAAUACUCUUGUUGGUGGGCAAAAGGAAGGAGCCCGAGGUUUUAUGUUUUUUAUCAUUAAUGUGGACUUGACUGAAGAAGGAUUAUUACAUGUUGAAGAUAUAAUUUUGCACAUGUUUCAAUACAUUCAGAAGUUACGAGCAGAAGGACCUCAAGAAUGGGUUUUCCAAGAGUGCAAGGACUUGAAUGCUGUUGCUUUUAGGUUUAAAGAUAAAGAGAGACCGCGGGGUUAUACCUCUAAGAUUGCAGGAAUAUUACAUUAUUAUCCCCUAGAAGAAGUGCUCACAGCUGAAUAUUUACUGGAAGAAUUUAGACCAGAUUUAAUAGAGAUGGUUCUCGAUAAACUCAGACCAGAAAAUGUCCGGGUGGCGAUAGUUUCCAAAUCUUUUGAAGGAAAGACGGAUCGCACCGAGGAGUGGUACGGAACGCAGUACAGACAAGAAGCCAUACCAGCCGAGGUCAUUAAGAAAUGGCAAAAUGCUGAUCUGAAUGGGAAAUUUAAACUUCCAACGAAGAAUGAAUUUAUUCCUACAAAUUUUGAAAUUUUGUCAUUAGAAAAAGAAGCAACACCAUACCCUUCUCUUAUUAAGGAUACAGCUAUGAGCAAACUCUGGUUCAAACAAGAUGAUAAGUUUUUCUUGCCCAAGGCCUGUCUCAACUUUGAAUUUUUCAGCCCAUUUGCUUAUGUGGACCCCUUGCACUGUAACAUGGCCUAUUUGUACCUUGAGCUCCUCAAAGACUCACUCAACGAGUAUGCAUAUGCAGCAGAGCUAGCAGGCUUGAGCUAUGACCUCCAAAAUACCAUCUAUGGGAUGUAUCUCUCAGUGAAAGGUUACAAUGACAAGCAGCCAAUUUUGCUAAAGAAGAUCAUUGAGAAAAUGGCUACCUUUGAGAUUGAUGAAAAAAGAUUUGAAAUUAUCAAAGAGGCAUAUAUGCGAUCUCUAAACAAUUUCCGAGCUGAACAGCCUCAUCAACACGCCAUGUACUACCUCCGCUUGCUGAUGACUGAAGUGGCCUGGACUAAAGAUGAAUUAAAAGAAGCCCUGGAUGAUGUCACCCUUCCUCGCCUUAAGGCCUUCAUACCUCAACUCCUGUCACGGCUGCAUAUUGAAGCCCUUCUCCAUGGAAAUAUAACAAAGCAGGCUGCGUUAGGAAUCAUGCAGAUGGUUGAAGACACCCUUAUUGAACAUGCUCAUACGAAACCGCUUCUUCCAAGUCAGCUCGUUCGAUACAGAGAAGUUCAGCUCCCGGACAGAGGAUGGUUUGUGUAUCAGCAGAGGAAUGAAGUCCACAAUAACUGCGGCAUUGAGAUAUACUACCAAACCGACAUGCAGAGCACCUCAGAGAACAUGUUUCUGGAGCUCUUCUGUCAGAUCAUCUCCGAGCCUUGCUUCAACACCCUGCGCACCAAGGAGCAACUGGGCUAUAUCGUCUUCAGCGGGCCACGCCGAGCCAACGGCAUACAGGGCUUACGGUUUAUCAUCCAGUCAGAAAAGCCACCUCAUUACCUAGAAAGCAGAGUGGAAGCUUUCUUAAUUACCAUGGAAAAGUCCAUAGAGGACAUGACAGAAGAGGCCUUCCAAAAACACAUCCAAGCAUUAGCAAUCCGUCGACUAGACAAACCAAAGAAGCUGUCUGCAGAGUGUGCUAAAUAUUGGGGGGAGAUCAUCUCCCAGCAGUACAAUUUUGACAGAGAUAAUAUAGAAGUUGCCUAUUUGAAGACACUUACCAAGGAAGAUAUUAUCAAAUUCUAUAAGGAAAUGUUGGCAGUAGAUGCCCCGAGGAGACAUAAGGUAUCCGUCCAUGUUCUUGCCAGAGAAAUGGAUUCUUGUCCUGUGGUUGGAGAGUUCCCAUGUCAAAAUGAUAUAAAUUUGUCACAAGCACCAGCCUUGCCACAACCUGAAGUGAUUCAGAACAUGACUGAGUUCAAGCGUGGUUUGCCACUGUUCCCCCUUGUGAAACCGCAUAUUAACUUCAUGGCUGCAAAACUCUGA